AUGCUUGGCCGAUCAUUCUCGAAAUGGCCCUCAGUCACCCGUGCAUGGUCAGUCUCAUACGCCGGGAAGCCUCCGUUCCAAGUCCUUUGCCUCCGUGGCUCCUAUCGCUUCUUUACAGAUACGCAUAACUUACUUAAACAUCGGAAAAGGAAAUAUCCAUUUACCCCAUCUGGAGAGCAGCAAGCGAUAGCAGAACUGUGCAGCAGGAGGAAUGUUCUUGUGUCGGCUCGUCCAGGCUCAGGCAAAACGGCUACGGCCGAAGCUAUCGUAGCCGCCUACCCAAACAAACGAGUAGCUGUGCUCACCUACUCAAAGAGACUUCAGCUGGAAACUUAUCGACGGCUUCGCACCUACUCUAACUGCGAAGCCUUCACUUUUCACUCCAUGGCUGGCUUACUUUUCGGGACCCUUGUUCGUGACGACACUAUUCUGGCGGAGCAAAGAAAAGAAGUACUUGAUCGCAACAAGUCCCCUCAAUGGGGUCCUGAACCCUUUGACAUCAUUGUGUUGGACGAGUUUCAAGACUGUACCGGACUCCUCUUCUGGCUAACCAACUGCUUCAUCCUCGCCAAUGACCAGAAGAUGGGCGGUCAAUCUGCGCGUCUCGUCGUUCUGGGAGAUGAGAGACAAUCCAUCUAUGGAUUUCGUGGUGCCGACGACCGCUACCUUACCUCGGCUCCUGAGUUAUUGGGUCCCCUCAACCCUUAUCCCUUUGUUAGGGCUCAGUUAAGCCAAAGCUUUCGGCUGUCAACCCAAUCAGUUCGGUUCAUCAAUAAUACUUUUCUCAGAGGCGAAUCAUACAUCACCAGCUCCAAGCCUGGCCCCAAGCCCAUUGUCAUAAGAUGCCACCGUUGGGAUAGCGACGCGUUGGCCGAGCAGCUGUGGAACCUAAUCAAGCGCUAUGGAGCCAAGAAUACCGCAGUUAUAGCGCCUGCUGUGCGUAGUCAUGGGCCUCUGCAGGAAGUGGUCAAUAUAUUGUCGGAGCAGUAUAGUGUGCCUAUUGCCGUAUCACUCGAAGACGAGGUUCCACUAGAUGACAGGGUAAUUGAGGGCAAGAUGUGUGUUUCCACCAUUCAUCAAUUCAAAGGCAGCGAGCGUGAUUUAGUCAUACUCUUCGGCCUCGACUCGUCAUUUUUUAAGUAUUAUGGCCGCAAUCUCCCCGAUGAUAGAUGCCCUAACGUGGUUUUUGUGGCUCUAACGCGUGCAGUGGAACAGCUUGUCUUGGUCCACUACGAAGAGGAGAAAUUCAUGCCUUUUACAUCGGUCGAAGCUUUGCUCGAGACAGCCAAGGUCAUCGAUAUCACAAAAAAUGGGGACAGAAUUAAGCCGCCUAAUGCUCCGGGCCGACCCUUGGAACGUGGGCUUACCCUGCCACGCUCGAUCGUGGUCCGGGACAUAGCCCGGCACAUAAAGGAUGAAGAUCUCGACGCCAUUGUUAAUAGCCACUUAUGCAUUCGAGCGCUCUCACCUCUACCGAAGAAUGAGCACAUUGAGCUCCUGGAUAUUGUAGUUUCGGACAGAGGAAAGAGGUUCCACGAAGCGGUGAGCGAUUUGAAUGGUCUAGUCGUUGUCGCGGCCUUCGAGUAUGAUAUUGCUGGAACUCUGGACACACUUGGUCUUAUACAAAGCGAUACCGAUACAAUUCCUGCAGUCUGCUCACACCAGGGUGUUUCGUGGCUUUGUCGAAAGGCCUGUGACUAUGAGGCUGGCUUCUCGGGCUAUCUCCCGCGUAGUAUCCAGAUGAAAAACCACGCCUUCGAUUGGAUAGAACCUGAAGACCUUGCUCUGGCACGGAGCCGACUCCGCGGGGAGCUCAGCGGGCUAGCCUCAAACCUUAGGUUCGAGGUUGAAGCCGAGGGGGGGUUCAGCAUUGAUGAUCAGAAAUGCCGACUCGUUGGUCGAGCUGACAUCGUGGCAACUUUGUCCAAUUCCGAUAGAAAUAACGUCGGAGGCAUUGAAUCUUUAUGGGAGAUCAAAUUUGUUUCUCAACUUUCAUACCAGCAUGCCAUACAGGCAUGCGCGUAUGCCUAUUUGCUGAAGCUUCCGCGCGUUAUACUCUACAAUGUACGAAACGGGCAGAAGUGGGAGAUCAUACCUCGUGACGGGCAAGAAGGACUACGUCACAUGAUUGAAAGCGUUCUCAGGCUCAAAUACACGACUACAGGAAAGGCACUAUGCUUGGCUCCUGCUACUCAGAUGAGUGCUGAGAUGGCUAGUCUUGAGAAUAGCGAUGCAGAGGCAAGGAAUAAGCGUACUAGUACAAGUCCGGCCGCCGAGGAUCCUCCUACCCCUCCGGUAGUAGAUAAAAUAUCCGUGGAUGAAUGGGAAGCUGUUGAAAUUACAGGCGAAGAGUUGAUCAAUGGGAACCUAUACUAUACAGUGGAGUGGAAACCAACCGCUGUACCAGAGGAGGAUUGUAGGAAUAUGAGUGAGUUGGUCGAGGAGUGGAAGAAGUCAAAGACACGUCGAUAG